UUCACCGCCUCAUCAUAGUGUCCUUGAUUAUAGUGUAAUCUCAUUAUCACCAUAUUUUCAGAGAAUUACAAUGAGAUUACCAUGAGCUAAUCAUGCGCUUUUACUAAAGAGCACCAACACACUGUUGGGCGGAUGGCUGACUAUUCACUGGAGGAAGUCCAAUUGAUUACUUCAAAAACAGUCCCACCCAUUACAAAGCACACAUAAAAUAGCCUGUUAACAGUAGGCUAUACACACAGUUGGGCUGGAGCGGCAAAGACAUCUCUCUGAGAGUGACAGACACUUUCCAUAUAUUUUUCUUGAGGAGGUUAUUUUGAGGUGCAAGAAGUUGACUUUGUGCUGAAAAACCUUGCUGGAAAAAGUAUGGGAAACGAGCACUCCAAGAACAAAGAGCUAACCAAGAACGGGAAGAUUCCUGAGAAACAUGAAAAUGGAGUGGUGAAUGGCAUCUCUGCAAACAUCACAUCUAAUGGACUGGAGAUUGGUGUUAACGGUGAGACCAUAAUCCAGCAAAAUGCCAUGUCCACAUCAUCAAAUCCUGCCACAGAAUCAAAUGAGCAAUAUGUGAUAGUUGAAUCAAACUGUCAACAUGUUGACGCUCAAGUUAUCUCUGAUACCCCUGACACCACCGUCCAGAAGGAAGAGGAAGAGAAAAAGAGAGAGACCUCAAAUGAAGAUCAAACAGAUGCAAGUCUUCCUGCCACCAAUCCACAGCCGGAGGCAGAAAACCUAAAGCAAGAAUCAGAAUCAUUAAAGGAGCCAGAAAGUGCGACUCUAGACCCCAGUCCAGAGGAAGAAAAAGCUCCUGAGACUGACGACGGAAACAGUCAGCCUGUGGAAAAGCAAGAGGAGAGUAAACCAGAAGAGAAUCCAGUUAUGAACUUCUUCAAAACACUAGUGACUCCCACUAAAACAACCAAAAAGGAAACAGCUACUCCCGAUGCCACAAAAGAUCAGUCCGAGAAGGAGAACCAGCCAGCACCAACCACCACUGUUGCCCAAGUGUCUGAACCACCUGCAGCAGCCAAAGGAAUGUCUAUCCCACCACCACCUCCUCCAGAGCCACCAAAAAUGGAAGUCAAGGGAGAACCGGCUGCCAAACCUAUAAAACCCACACCACAAGAAGAGCCAAAAGCUGCUGCAAAGGAACCCGAGUCCUCAAAAGGAAAAUCAGCCAAAGAUACUCUGAGCAAAUUCUUCCGCCCAAAGACAAUCAAGGCGCCACUACAACAAGAUGUAGAAGUAGCAGUACAGCAAGUUGUAGAAGUACAGGAGACACCAGUGGAGGAGCCAGAGCCAGUUGUAGAAGUCCAGAGUGAAAAUAAGGUUGAACCUCAGGAGACAGCAGAGGAGGUGGCACAGCCAGUUGUAGAGGAGCAGAUGGUGGAAGAGGCACCACAGCCAGUGGUAGAAGCUGAGAAGGUGGAUCCCUCAAAAGCCGGCACUCUGGAGGCGGCUGCGAAGCCAGAACCGCCACCGCCUGUUCAGGAAGAAAAGAAACCAGCCUCAAAACCAUCCUUCUUUUCUCUCUUCAAACCUAAAGCUGCUGAACCCAAGAAGGCGACCCCUGCCCCAGCUGCAGCAGCAGAGGGAGCUCAGACAGUAAAAGCCAAAGAGGAACCAAAAGGAGCGGCCAAGUCAUCAGAGGCGGCUGCAGAUAACAAACCAGCCUCAGUGGCCUCCCAAGCUGGAGAUGAUGCAGCCAAUGUGCCCAAAAAACUGGAGAAGAGGAACUCCAUCCAGCUGUUUUUUAAAGCUCUGGGUCAGAAACGUCACUCUACAGAUGCCGGCGUCCAGACAGAGCCAGUGGUUGUUGCUCCAGCAGCUGAGAAGGCCAAAUGAAAACCAAAACCGACACUGACGUUUUCCUGUACAGACUCCCCCCCUCUCUUUUUCUUUCUUGCUCUCACUCAAUAUUUAUCUCUUUGACUCUCAUAUCCUUCCUUCAACCCCUAUUGAAUUACUUUAACUACAUUUUUUUGUUUUGUUUUGUUUUUGUUACUGUUUAGUAGUUACUAUAUGAAAGGAAAGGUUACUGGAAGGAUCAAAGCACGUGAACACUUGUGAGAAAGAGGAACAGUGGUCAGGUAGUUGAACAAGUGCAGGUUUGAAAUGGUCUAAGGCCUAUUUGAUGGCAAGGUUGUUGAGAUAUAUACAUAUAUAUAUAUUUUUAGUCAUGCAAAUGUCUUGACAAGUAUAGCAAUGUGAGUGUGAAACUUUUUCUACAGACAUUUAAUGUGACUUCUCUCUGUUCUUGCAACCUAACAAACUGGGCUUAUGCAAUACACAGUACCACGCUUUGCUUUUAGCAAUUAAUUUUGUCUGAAACAUUUAAAAAAAUACAUGUGUCAUAUCGGUUCUAUUUUUUUCAGUUCAUGCCAGAAAAAAUCAUGCAGUUGUGGAAACUCAGAGGUUAAUAUGAAAUGAUUUUAAAGUAGGUACUUAAAUUUGUAUGACACUAAAAUUAAAAGCAACAAAUAAAUCUGUCCUGAUAAGAGGAGAAUGUUUAUAUAACACACUGCACUUAAAGAUUUUUUUUUUUAACUUUAUGUAAGCUAUAUAUAGACUAGAGCACAUUCGUACAUAUCAAGUGUUUAACAGUCAUAUAUUGGGCCAUAUGGGAAAUUACAAUCUUUACUAUUCUGUUCUGUGGGGAGCGGAUUGUAAGUAUUCAUGUUAGACAUAACAAAUGCAUCUGGGAUGGCAGAUUGGUGUCAUUGUGCAAAUAUGUCAUCGUGGUACGUUUUUGCAGUAGUCAUAAAUCACAUCCGAUUAGCUCUUAAUUUAAUAGCGGCACUUUGUGUCAUGUUGUUUUAUGGACGUCUUUUGGUGUAUUGUGUCUGACAUAUGUGCAAUUAAUAUCAUGCUUUUGUUUGCCUAUAUGUACGCGUGUAUGUGUGACUAUACAGCUAUCUUGAAGGCAAUAAAUAUGUUCACCAUU